UGAUUGGAAACAAAGGAGAUUCCAUUUGGCGCUCAUCUGUGAAUGUACUUUUCAUCUAUUGAUCGCUCGUGCGUUAAGUUAUUCUUCUCUCGACUGCUUUGCUUAUAUGACAUCUCUAAAGAUGAGUAUUACCGUCGAGCAAUGGGAAAAUGAGAAUAGCGUGAGUGCUGUAAAUGAAAAGCAAGUCUUUGGCGCCGUGAAGUUGAAAGAAGGGACAACGUACAACCAUCGAUUGGCCGGCACAAGGAUCGAGCGGCCAUUUAAUUAUAAAGCUACGGAUUCUGAAAGUUUGUGCAGAUAUCUUCACGGAAUGUACGAGUUUGGCCUGAUAGAAACAGGAAUUUACAGAGAAGCGGAGAAGCAUGCACUUAAGCUUGCAUUGGCUCGUUAUACCAAGAGUAAAGUUACAUGAAUUUUUCCUUCAGGGGAUUUAAAGAAAAAUAAGCUCACACCCAUACAAUAAUUCCGCCAGACACAGCCUUCAGUCUGAGCCCCAUUGAGAUUUUGGGCAAUUGUCAGAAAACCCUAGCUUCAGAUAACGGUACUACAAAAUACCAGCAGGAGUUCUUUUUCUUUCCCGUGGUAUGCAGUACGCCCUUAGUAUUCCAGCACGUGCUGUGAAAGACAUCGAGCCAUUUCAACACACUUACUUCUCUCUGCCCUCCGAUUGAAGCUUCCCCAGCAACAACAAUAACAACAACAACAACAACAACAACAACAAAAGGACCACAUUAUUCCG